AUGUCUUUCUACAUAGAAAACAAGUCCGUAGGCGACAAGGAGAACUCGGAAGAUUGGCGCAUUCGAGGCUACAACCCUCUGACCCCUCCCGACUUGCUGCAACACGAGAUCCCCCAGUCCGACAAGUCGAAGCAAACCGUCAUCACCUCCCGCAAUGAAGCCGUCGAGAUCGUGCAAGGCCGCGACUCGAGGCAGCGCCUCCUCGUCGUUGUCGGUCCCUGCUCGAUACACGACCCGCAAGCUGCGCUGGACUACUGUGACCGUCUGCUCAAGUUGAAGGAGCAGCACAAAGAUGACCUGCUCAUCGUCAUGCGCUCCUACCUCGAGAAACCCCGAACGACCGUCGGCUGGAAGGGGCUGAUCAAUGACCCGGACAUUGACAACACCUUCAAGAUCAACAAGGGCUUGAGGAUAUCGAGACAGUUGUUUGUUGAUCUGACGGAAAGGGGCAUGCCGCUGGCGAGCGAGAUGCUGGAUACAAUCUCGCCGCAGUUCCUAGCAGAUCUGCUGAGUGUUGGUGCGAUCGGUGCGAGGACGACGGAAAGCCAGCUUCAUCGCGAGCUGGCAUCUGGUCUCUCCUUCCCGGUGGGCUUCAAGAACGGAACCGACGGCAGCCUCGAUGUGGCCAUCGAUGCCAUUGGCGCAGUCAGGCAUCCCCAUCAUUUUCUCUCGGUCACAAAGCCCGGUGUAGUCGCCAUUGUCGGUACUGUGGGUAAUGAGGAUUGCUUCGUUAUUCUAAGAGGCGGCAAGAAGGGAACAAAUUACGACGCCAAGAGCAUCGCUGAGUCGCGAGAGAAACUGGGGCAGAAGGGCCUCAAUGCACGAUUGAUGGUCGACUGCAGUCAUGGCAAUUCGGAGAAGAACCACGCAAAUCAGCCCAAGGUUGCGCGCGUGUUGGCAGAGCAGAUUGCUGCUGGCGAGACUGGCAUCAUGGGGGCGAUGAUAGAGAGCAACAUCAACGAGGGCAACCAAAAGGUACCCAAAGAAGGCAAAGAAGGCCUCAAGUAUGGCGUGAGCAUCACUGACGCAUGCAUCAACUGGGAGGACACCGAGAAGACCCUUCAGGAGCUUGCAACAGCUGUGCAAAAGAGACGGGAGGUCCUAGGCGUCAAUGGACAUGCAUAG